CCCGGCCGCAACCGAUGCCCUUGUAAUGGCAGAAUACUAAACAGAGAAUAAGCAAAAUGAGAUUCACUUUUGACCUAGGAGAACCAGACUGCGACGCUGAAAAUCGUCAAUCUAUAACUCCACCGUCAAACACCACUCCUAAAGAAGAAUCACAGUGGAUACCUUUGCAAAACCACCCUGUAUUCACCACCGCAGAUGUUGUUGCCGCCCAAACAUUCAGGAGCUUCAAAAUGCCAAAAAACCUUCUGGCAUGGGACGGAGCAUCUAGGCUCUACUAUUGGGACCCUUCCAAACGCUGCCUGCACAGAAUCUCCAUUCGGUUGGGUGAACCCGACUCAAGUGUCAUCCUUGCUUCUUCUCCAUCUAAGGUGUUGCAAGCAGAUGUGCAAAUACAUUUUGAGGUUGACAAGAUUUCCAUUAAUAGAAAUGGGUCAGCCAUAUUAUUAGUCGGCAUGGAGGGUUUGUGCAUCAUGUAUCUUUAUGGUCGGACUUCAACUACAAAAGAGCACACAAUUACUUGCAGGUAUAUUUCUCAUAGCGUGAACUUGUUUUGAACAAAUUAGUUGGGAUCAAGCUCAUCAUUAUGAAUCUAUGAUCAGUGGCGUAGCUAGAGGAUGAAUCUAGGGUGGAUCGGAUAAAAAAUUCAUCCAUAUAAAUUUUCAUACCGAUUUUUUACAGUAAAGUUAAAGUUUUUUGCCAAAAUUGGGGUGGGUUAGGGCACGGGUUGGCUUCUUGGCUCUGCCCAUGCCUAUGAUGAUGAUAUACCCAGUGGCGGAGCUAGCUCGGGGUUGUUGGAGGGCCACCCGGAAGCACCUCAAAUGGAGGCGGCCGGAAUGCAGUUCCGGUCAAGUAGGCCUGACAGGAACACUCACAGACAUAUAUCCUUUUAUCCUUUUUAUCUUAUACUUUUUAUAAUUUUAUCUUUGUUGUUAUGUCUUUCUUAUGCUAUUUAUCCUUUUUAUCUUAUACUUUUUAUACUUUUAUCUUAUCAAAUUUAUCUUUAUCUUUUUUAUAUCUUAUAUUUAUCUUUCUUUUAUCUUUAUCUUAUAUUUUGUCUUUUUUAUCUUACCUUAUUUUUUUUUAUCUUUCUUAUCUCUCUUAUCUUGUUAGAUCCGAUUUCAUGUGUCGGUUCAUGUUAGUCAAUCCCAAACUCAUUUGGGACUAAGUCUUGACUCUUGGAUGUUGUCGAUGCUGUUGGUCCAGUGUUGUGAGAUUCAGUCUUUUCAGCAGAAUAACUCUUGCAGAGUGUGUCCUUGUUGUAGAUGUAAUGCAAGUUAAGACAUAUGAAGGGAAGAGCUGAUUUUUUUCAUCACUGUGUGUAUGACUGUAUGCAAAUCUUAACUUAAACAUGUAUAUUGAUGAACAUGCUAAAUAACUUCUAUCCCAAUUUACUUCUCGCAGGACUGUUUCAGCUGGCUCAGAUAUUUACUUCACCGGGAAAAAAUCCAUACACACAUUACAAGUAUCUUGGCACCCCUACAGUGACACCCAUUUGGGAAUCCUCUCUUCAGAUUCAGUCUUCAGAAUUUUUGACUUAUCCUCAGCACUUUCACAACCCGAACAAGAGUAUUAUCUGCAGCCAAUAGAGCGUGGUACGUCUUGUGAUGCCGCUGCUCUCUGUCCUGUAGAUUUUUCUUUUGGAGGUGAUCACCUGUGGGAUAGAUUUAGUGUUUUUGUGCUGUUUAGUGAUGGCUCUGUUUAUGUCCUGUGUCCUGUUGUUCCUUUUCGAAGUGUGUACAAAUGGGAAUCCAUAUUGGAAUUAUACAACGAUGUUCAUGCAUUUGGAUUAAAGUCUACAACUUCAAGAGCAAAUACAAAUUCUAAUUUUGCCAUAACUUGGUUAGAAGCAACAUUUACCGAAUUAAGUCAUGUAGAUGUAAAAAGUGGAAAUCUUAUUGCACUUCAAGCUCAACCGUAUGCUUUAUUUGAUGCCUCGGUUGCAUUGCAGGGACCUCUGUGCAAAUUUUCUAAUAACACAGAAGAUCCUCAAGUUCAAUCAGCUAUAUGUGAAGGAAGAGCUGUCAGCUUUCUUUAUAGUGCAGUCAGCAAAGAUUCAAUUCUUGUAACUGCCUGGAGUGGUGGGCAACUCCAAAUAGAUGCUUUAGCUGAUGAAAUCCAGCCUGUUUGGAAAGUGGGCAACCCAGCCCGUCUUUGCGUCGAUUCCAAUGAUUGUAUAGUGGGCCUUGCCAUGAUUUCCGAACUUGCACAUGGUGAUGAUCACUCUUUUUUGAAGUCUGAUUUACCACCACUUUUGAGGCUGGCUAUAGUGGAUCUAUGUCUACCUAAAAAACCUGGUUAUACGAUAUCGAUGUGUGUUGACCCUCUGAGGUCAGAAAGAAUAUAUUGUGCCCAUGCUGGUGGGGUAGAUUCGGUAGUGUUGCAUUUCCUUCCCUUCACAAACCAGAAUAUUGACAAGGAAGGAUUUAUGAAAAGCCCGUCUGUUCAUUCCGUUCUCAUUACUUGCCAGGGAGAAUCAUCACUCCCUUCCCCAUUAUGCGCUUUCUUAGCUUUGUCAGACCCGUUUGGAGACUCUUGGAUUGUGGGGAUUACUUGUAAUUUUCAGUGCAUUGUAUUGGAGGCGGAAACGUGGAAUGCAAUGCCUCAUGUUGUUGAUGAGGUGUGGGGACCCACUGGCCCAGGACUGUCGAAAGACACGAGCGGCCAAACUAUUAUAAGUAGAGAACUCUUUACUGGGCCUAAGCUUAUUCUUUUGCCGCCUUCUUCAGAAGAUCUACAUUGUGUUACAUCAGAUUCAAUUGAAGGCCGGGCUACACUGCAUCAGUACUUCAAGCAUUUCCAUGAAAAUUAUGUGGAAUAUGCACACAAGGUGCACUUUGAACUUAAGCAUCAUGCACCUCACUUGAAGAAGAUAAUUGAUGAGCAGCAUUCUCGAUUUCAAAAAUCACAACAGAAGCUUGUGAAAGUUGAAAAGAAUCAGGAAAUAUUAGACAACCGUUUUGAGCACGCAGUUCAGCGUCAUGCUGCCAUAGUAGAAAAAUUGCAAAGGCUGAGAUCUUUGCCAGUAGCUCACAAUCGAUCACUAUCAAGAGCUGAGCAAGUUUUCAAGUCAGAAAUUGAGAAAAUGCAGGGCAUUGAGUUGGAUGUGCUGCGCUCAUCCAUUGAAGCACUGAAUGCGAGGUUGAUGCGGUACAAGCAUUCAAUUGAGCAAAACCAAGUCAACGAGAAGAGAGAAACUUCAAGCUGGAUGAAAAGUCGUCACGUCUUAGAUAAUCAAAUGUCACAGCUGAAAGCCUCACUUGAAAAGCUCUCCCUCACCAACAGUGAAAACACCAAAAAAGUUAAACUCGUUGAGUCGGCACUAAGAACACUAAAAGUAUGAGUGCGUGAAAUUAUUAGAACCCCAUAGUUCAACGUCAACGCUGUAUUAGCACAUGUGAAUUGCCAUUUGUGUAGGGAUUUUUUCAGUCUCUUAUUGCUUGGCUUCGUGAUUUUUAAUGUAGGGUUGGCCAGAUGUGCACUUUGAGGUGCUUUAAAUUUGCUUCUUUUGUGUGUUCCACUAGAAUGCAUUAAUUAGAUUGAGGCCUAUCGCCCAAAUGGUGGGCUGUAGUGUGGGC